AUGGCAAUGAAGCUACCCCUGGAACUAUUGAUCCAGAUUGCAAAUAUCCUGCAAGGUGAAGGCGCUCCUUUAGCCCCAUGUGCUUCUGUGUGUCGCAUUUGGCAGAUGGCUUUUGAGCCCCUCAUCUACUUCAAGCUGGACGUUUACAGUGACGAUGAACAUAAACAAGAAGAUCAAUCAGGAAUCUCUCUCACAAAGUUUCAGGAUCUCACAUCCGGCAAUCGUGCUAUACGGCAAUCCUGGGUUCGAGAUUUGCACUACGACAUCCUCGUCCCAUUCGACAUUUUAGACUGGAGGACAUGCAAACAAACCGAGCCCAAAGGAAAAGUUUACAGCACCAGGAAUACUAUCCGGGAGGCCAACAACCUAGCUUUCUAG